AUGGCUACAAAGUCGUCGAGUCUCCCUCCCUUGGCACCUUUCCCAGAAGCAGCAUGGAGAGAUCGCCUGGUCCCCGCGGAAUGGGAAGCUUGCCUUGAUGCCUGGAUAAGCAUUGCGGGAGCACACUUAUCGUUAUCAGUCACACAGUUCACGCAGGUUUCAGUUAAGGAUGAAUCUUUGCCAGUCUUCCUGGCCUCUUACUUUGCAGAGAUAGCCAAAGCUCAUGAAGCCACCUACUCGGUAGACAGCUCUAAGGCGCAGUUGUUACGGAAACAGUGCUUUUUGCUAUCCUACCGAAUUUUGGAUGCUGGUCCGCCACCUGAGGCCUUGGUUGACUGGCAGUUCCUUGCGGACCUUAGCAAGGUCUAUGGCCGACGCCAGAGCGCAAAACUCAUUUCAAUGGCCUGGAGAAAGUAUCCUUCCAAAAUAGAGGGGUCUUUAGGUCCAGUCAAAAUAUCCUUGAUCAAAGAGCUAGAUGCUGGGUUGAAGGGUGAUCUGAAAACAGCAGAGCUUCAGCUCAAACAGCUCAAUCAUCUUCUACACGCAUCUUCUCAGGCCGCUAUAUACUUCAUGGCAGGCAGCGACUUUCUUGAUGCUCUCAUAACCUGUUACAAGAUUAUGAAUCCUCCGUUGCGAAAGGUAAUUAUUUCAACAACCUACCUUUGCUUGAUUGGUCUUACGGACGGCGAGAACCCUAAUUUCUCUUCCCUUGUUGACCAACUCUACUUCUUGAACAGUGCUGGGGAAGCACAUAAGGCGGGUCCCACGAAUGUCAACGAUUCCCUUGUUGCUGAGUUGGUUACUGUUAGCCCUGUUUUGAAACAAGUCCAGCAGCGGAUCGAAGAAAGCGGGACUGGGUCCAGCAGAGCGAAAUCUGUUCUCAGCUCGUUGGAGAGAUUUAAGAAACCUGGCGGUUUCCAGAGACGAGCCAGACCUGUUAAGAAGAAAAUCGAUAAAGGGAAAGGCGUUGCGAAUGGUGCAACUGAUGAUGAAUACGGGCAUGGGUCAUAUGGCCAGAUUCACGUCCAUCGUAUGAGUCUGAUUUCUCAAGUUCAGGAUUUGUUCCCCGACCUAGGUUCAGGCUUUAUUGUGAAGUUACUGGAUGAGUAUGGCGAUGAUGUAGAGCAGGUGAUAGGUCAUCUUCUGGAAGACUCAUUGCCUACACAUCUCCAGAGUGCUGAUCGAUCCGAAUCUCUAAAAACAAACCACCAACCUUCAAGUGACCUUGUGCCUAAUCUAGCGCCUCGCUCGACACCUCCACAACUCCCUUCACGUCGUAACGUAUUCGAUGACGAUGAGUUUGAUCAGCUCGCAAUAGAUGCUUCAAAACUACAUUUCGGCCGCCGAAAUCCAAAUCAAACAGCGGAUGACGUUCUCCAAGACAAGUCAAAUGCUCCAAACAAAGCUGCCAUUCUCUCCGCCCUUGCAGCCUUUGAUUCCGACGACGACGAGCGUGACGAUACCUACGAUGUCGCGGACGUAGGAGGAACCGUGGAUUCAGCAGCAUCAGGUAACAAACCCGAAGAAGCAAAUAACGAGGUUCGAGAUGCCCAAGAUGAGGCUCUAUUCCGAGCCUAUAAAAUGACGCCAAGUUUAUUUGCCCGCGACGCUGCUACACGUAGGAGUAAGCCUAGAUUUGCUCUAAAAGAGGAGCUGAACAUGACGGAUGAAGCUAUUGAGGGAUGGGCCGUCGUGCUUCAACGAGAUUCUAGACAGAUGAGGCGACUGGAACUCAAAUUCUCGACCUUUUCUGGUCAGCAGAGGGAAUUAGCGCCGUCUUCGUGGCGGGAUACACCUGCUGGUUCUGGUACUGAAGACUCGGAUGCUGAUGGGAAUGCCCGGGGCAGAGGGGGAUUUAGGGGCUCGGGUGGACGUGGAGGGCGAGGUCGCGGAAGGGGACGUGGAAAUGUCGCUGGACCUACUGGGGAUAAGGAUACUGAAGUUGCCCGGAACCGGAAAGAGGCAAAUAAGGGAUCGAGGGCUAAUCAUAAUCGGAGGGAUCAGAGGGCGAAGAAAAUGGCUAGAGGGGGGUUUCCUGGCUGA